CGUCGGUAAACAUACAAGAUGGCGGCAAGCUCAUCUUCAGAAGAAUCGCUCGCCUCGCUCUGUAGGGAAGCGGAGCAAUUGAAAGUGAAGAUAGAUGAAGAGAAGCAGAAGGUUAACGAUCUUCAACGUAAGUUGUUAUUUAUCAAUCGAGAGGGUAGGGUCGGUAUCUGUCACCUGCUUAGAUGUGAAAAUGAACAGCGCUCACUGGCUUUCGAAACUAGAGUUGAUCUUUUGCAUCAGCUGUUGUCUCGGAACGUGACUUUAGAUUGUGCUUGCGAUGAGCUCUCCCUGGUUAUAAUACUGCGAUUACUAUUCCUUAUGAUUCUGUGAUUUAAUGAUUAGUCACGCUUUCAAGCGUGUUACAUGCACCUACUGCAAAAGUUUUGUUACGAAUCUUUCGUUUAAUUUGUCUUGAGCAGGUCUGAUUUAUACGAGACCUCUAUUAGACGAGAGUUAUGCAAUAUCGUGCCCUAAGAUAUAUUGUUUCUCCUUGUUCAUUAAAAUCGUUUUAAAUUUAUUUCAACUUAUAACGCGUUAUUUUGAUUUAUAUAAGAUAGCAAAAAAUGUUUGGCGAAAAGAUCAACUUAACAAAUAGAUUUCAUGUUAUUGUGCAUCAGGUGCGUAAUAGAUCACAGAUGACGUCAAAAUGUGGUAAGAACAAAAAAAGGGGCACACGGAGCGUAGCCUAGUGUGUUCCUUAGGCCCAAGUUGUUUCCUUUUUUCCCAUUCAUAUCUGACUUAGAGGUCUUUUGAUUUCAGUAAAAGAUGUUGCUCAGAGAGUGGACAACCUUCUCCACUCACCUCUCAAAGUUCGCAGAAUUCUGAAGGGUCAUCAAGGGAAGGUGCUCUGUUUAGAUUGGGCACAGGACAGACGUCACCUUGUCAGCAGCUCACAGGUUGAAUGAUUUGAAUUACAUUUGAUAUCUCUUACUGUCUCUCUUGCUUUAAUCAGUUGAGUGAAUGAUUGUGGACACUGCAGCUAGUUACAGAACAAUGGCACAAUCAGUUAGUCUCAAUGUAUGAUAAGUCCAAACAAUGGUGUAGAAGGAGACUAAUGAUCUGUGGAACACUUCACUCUCUUUGCUACCUUAAGGUUUGGUCCUCACUACCCCCUCCUCCAUCUCCCCUUGUCCACCCCAAACACAGUGCAGUAUUUUGUUUUCUUACCUUGUGGCUAGAUAUUGAUAUUUCAUUUUUGUGGUGGAACAGUGAUCGACUUGUUUAGAGUUGAUAGUCCUUGUACUUUUAUCCUGUUCUUGAGUAUUUUAUUUUCUUUCUUUUCCUAGGAUGGAAAAGUGAUCGUCUGGGAUGGAUUUACAACUCACAAGGUAUAUAAUUAUUUAUUCUAACAAAUAAAGCACUGACUGGUCAGUCUUGUCCUCUCAUAAGGACAAGACUGAUACAAGCAAAAGGAAUACCUCUUUUGUUCUCCAAGCCCUGUUUUUAAGCUGGAUUGUGGUGUCUCAAAAUAGCUUGUUGUGUAUGAAAGUACUUGUUUUCUAGUUCAGAAUCAAAAUAUAUUACCCUUAACCUUUUGGUAUUUUUUUUCUCUAACAGGAACAUGCUAUUUCCAUGCCAACAACAUGGGUCAUGGCUUGUGCUUAUUCACCGACAGGAACCAUGGUUGCUUGUGGGUAAGUUAAGCUGUAAUUUUGAUGGAAAGUCGUAUAGAGAAGUAGUUCCUCUUUGUCAACCAAUUCAAUGCAAAACUUACUCCUGUCAGAACUAGCUAGGUCAUUCAAUAAGGUGAUCUCCCAACUCUCAAUAACUCUGCAGUCCAACAUCAGCAUUUAUAUUCUCUUUACUAUUCUCCAUAUCUUUCCCUUGGUACUGGUAAAGAGAAUUUGUCCAACAAUCAAAGCUUCUGAAGUUUAUUCUCAUGAUCUUAAUGAAUGAUUACAGUAUUAUUGCAAGAAGAAAUUAGAUUCAUGUCACUCUAAGGAUUUAAAAGAUUAAGAGUUGUCCACUCUGAAGUUGCACAUUACUCAUUAUAUCAUUGUGUCUUUGAGUAUGCAAAGUGGGCUUGUUUAUUUGAGUUCUUUUUCAUAUGCUUUACUUUUUUUUCGGGUGGAAGAAUAAUCUUUGUCCUCCCAAGAUGUUCAGUCAACAAUCCAUGUGUAUUAGUCUUGGUAACGAUAAGUGGAAUUAGGACAAAUCUUUCAGUUCAAACAUGAUAUGAGAUUAUUACUUUUCCUCCUAGGGGACUUGACAACAAGUGUUCUCUGUUUAAAUUGAGCUUUGAUGAUGAUGCUGCCACUAAGAAACAAACUGUUGCUAUGCACACCAGCUACAUGGCUUGCUGUACAUUCACAAACUCAGACCAACAGGUAAAUAUAGUACAGUAAUAACAGUAUUUUUAAUAGUAAUCAGCAUGAAGCAAGAGACAUGAUGGCCUUAUCAUUAGUGCACAGGAAUUCUGAUCAGAGGGUUACUAAUUGAUCCGAUACCAAAUUCUCCAAAUAACAUAAUGAGAAUCAUUUGCAGACAGUAAGGAGAAUUACUAAUGAGAUCUUGGGAGUUAAAGGGUUAACAAGCUUGGUUUUCCAUGGUUAUGUUUCGUAGAUAUUGACUGGCAGUGGAGACACAACCUGUGCCUUAUGGGAUGUUGAGUCAGGACAGCUGUUGCAAAGUUUUCAUGGUCAUUCGUCCGAUGUGAUGAGGUGGGGAGGGGCAUCUUCCUAUUGCUAAGUCUAUGUAUCCCAAAUUUUCUGAUAUCUUGAACCUAGACAGCUUCUCAAGACAUGUUACACCCUAUCAUUACUAUUUAUUUUUUCCACAUAGUUCUCUCUACAUUUGCAAUGGCACUGACAAGGAGAAUUUGUUUGACAAUCCAGAGUUUCUUGAAUUGAUGAUCAUUUCCUUAAUUCUUAUGUCCUUGAUGUUUAAUUCAAGGAUGAUACUGUAAGGAGAAGUUAGAAGCCAGUCACUCCUUGGAGUUGAAUGGAAAUUAGAACUUAAAAAGUUAGGAAUUAGAAAUUUGAAGCCAGUCACUCUGGGGAGUUCAACAGUUAAGUCAGUCUGUAGAAACCUAUCCCCCUCCUAGCCCCAGUCCGCACAGCUAUCUAUAAGUUUGACUUUCAUGCAGAUCAUUCAAAUAAAAAAGGUGUGAGCUUGAGUUAAAAGGUAAUUGCAAGUACUUCCUUAUGCCAGCUGUAUUUCAAAAUUGUCAGGUAGAUUGUUCUUUCAUCGAGUAUUCCAUGUUUCUUAUGUUAUUAGUAUUACCUAUGUUAUACAUAUUUCUUGUUAUUUGUAUUUCUUAUGUUAUUUCCAAUUUUGUAGUUAGCCAUUCUGUUCAUGAUGUAUCAUGUUCGUAAUACUUUACUUUGAAACCACUGGCAAUGGCAUGUAAAUAAAAGAGUUCAGUUGAGUCAUCAGGAAAUUAAACUUCUCUUAAAUUUAUUGCUGGUACAUUGGUUACACAGUCUAUCUGUGAGUCUGUCAUUGUCCCUGGAUGUCUCAAACCUGUGGUAUCUAGUAUAUUUGCUAUUCCAUAACAACUAAUGAAAGAAAAACAAUUAUUUAAGGUACUUUCCAAUUAAUUAUUUACAGCAUUGAUCUUGCACCUUCAGAGGGAAGGAAUAUAUUUGUUUCUGGUGUAAGUAACUUCAUUCAAUCUUUUACAGAAACUAGAGGAAGUGUUGUUUUUUUUUUUUAAAGAAUCAGGAUGUUUGAAUAUAGAAUCAUUGUACAUCAUGUAACAUUAUGUUACCUUUUGUUACUUUACACAUUCUAUAAAUUAAUUAUCUUAACAUGAAGUUUGUUUAAAUGGUUAAAAUUUUCUCUAUUGUUUUUAAUCAUUUAAUACAAAUAUUUCGCCAAAUAGGGAUGUGAUAAAACUGCUCUUGUUUGGGACAUAAGGACUGGACGUUCUGUGAACUCAUUUCAAACACAUGAAUCUGACAUCAAUGGAGUAAGGUACAGUAGACUACUGUUCAUUGGGGUAUUACAUACCUUGUUUUACUUUGCCUAAUGAUUUAUAACAAAGUUUGUGCACACUCAAGUGGGUUGCAAAGCCAGACUGGUUCUCUAUCAUUGUUCCCCAUUGCCAAACCAACUGCCAGAGAUCUAACUAGGAUUGCCAGUCAGCACUUAACAGAAAAAUCUUGUAAUUCAUUUGUAAACUGGCCUCUUUGUUUUGUUCUUGUUAGGUUUUACCCCAGUGGUGAAGCAUUUGGCACUGCUUCAGAUGAUGCAACAGUGAGUAGUGCUGCCAGAACUUUGUUACAUUUCCUUACAGAUAAUUGACUACUAAUAUCAUACUCUGAUUAUUGAUUUGAUGCUUGGUGAUGGUUCUGUAAGGCCUGGUAGAUGUUAAUGACUGGUUUAAAUAAUUAUGUGGCCUUUUUUCUCUGCAGUGUCGUUUGUAUGAUUUAAGGGCAGAUCAUGAGUUAGCAGUGUUUUCUAAAGAACACAUUAUUUUUGGAGCAGCUGCUUUAGAUUUCUCAUUAAGUGGUGAGUUCUCAGACUGGAAAUAUUAAAUGUUUUUUUUUUUAAUCAGCUAAGGUCUAACCUAAACUUUAGGGCCAAAAGGUGGGUUCUCAACCAAGGAGCAUUAUUGUUUACUAAUGGACUGUUGGGGAAACCUGAUCAAAAGCUCCAAUGUAGAUGGAAGAAAGAAAAAGGAUAGAACUAGGGUGGUGAGGGAUAAACUAGAUGGAAAUGGAAAUUGAAUGAAAUACAUUGAAAUAAUCAUAUGACUGUUCAUGUGCAAAUUUAUGAUUGAAACGUGUUUACUUGUUUUGUUAUUCAUUGUAGGAAGAUUAUUGUUCACUGGGUAUCAUGAUUACACCAUGAAUGUCUGGGAUACUCUCAAGGUAAGAUGACUGUAUUAUGGUAAUGUGUACUUCAUAUAAUGGAAGUUAAGAUACUAUCGACAUUGAAUGAUAUACCUCAAAAGGAUAAAGGGCAAAGUUCAAUUUUUAUCCAUAACAGGCUGAGCAGCUGUCAGUGUAUUAUGCCCAUGACAACCGCAUCACUUGUCUAGAAGUAUCCCCAGAUGGGACAGCAGUUGGCACAGGAAGCUGGGACAACACACUGAGAGUAAGUUGGGGGUAAAUCUCUCCAGAACCUCAAUCAGUAGAAAAUUGGGUUGACAUGUUGAAACUACUUCUGAGGAAGUAUUAGGACAUGUAGUUUAGAGUGAACCCUAGUUUCUCACAAUACUCUCUUGUCCCCAUUCGGUGAUGUACACUCACAGAAAGUGAAGUGCAAAGUUGUAGUAAUGGAGAGGCAGUGAAAUGAGGGGUGUAAGAGAUUUGCUUAUUGGUUCACCAUUCUCAGUGUUUUUUCCCUGUUACUUGACUGUGGCACAAUUAUAUUGUUAGCAUAGUUCAGUUUUAUUCAACACUCAGUUGAGUGUUUUUUAUUCAAAUGGCUAAUGUGUGAGUGAUUUUGUCACAGAUUGUGGUAUAUGCAACUGUGUUGCAACAGAGUGUUUCUUCCCUGGUACUUGACUGAGGCACAAGUAUAUUGUUAGCAUGGUUCAGUUUUAUUCUUUUACACAGUGCACUAUAUUUUACCUAAAUUUCGAAACAUGAAAGGAAAGACAGAAGCAGCUUUGUGGUUAAAAAACUGAUGAACCCCUUAGGUCAAAAAUGAGACUCUCUUGAAAAUUUGUACAAAAGAAAUUAUUUAUCUUUGCUAGUUAUUGACAGGAAUCUCCGAAAAAAAUUAAAGAGCAGAUUAAAAACUAGGCUGCUUCUCUGAUUGCUCUCAACCAGUUCUCUUGUUGUUUUUUUUUAGGUUUGGGCUUGAUAAACCAGUGUUAUAUGAUUGUGCAGCCAUCCUCCAUCCAUCAUAAUAAGAGUACACAGAUUUUAUUCAUGGUUUGAUGUAUAUUGCUGUUACUGAGCUGUUUGGCUUGUGAACCUUGGAAACUUCAAACCUGAUUUUAGUUUUGAGCAUCUACAUCACAGGUUUUGCAUCAAAACAUUGUUAGACUAAGUAUUAAUAUGUUAAGUGAAUCGCUUUUUGUGCUUGUUACAAAAAUGCCAACUCAUUAAAAAAAAGGAAGGUAUAAGGGUGUAGCAAAGCUGCAUCCAAGAUCACUAUGGCUGCAGACUGCAAGGAGAUUCAGAGGCAUGUGCAAGCAGAAGAAUUUUAUUCACUGAAAAGCUGCUCACUUAUGUUCCUCAGCUUCCUUUACAGAACUGCAGAAAAAACCUAUUGCUCUUAAUCAAGCAAUUGUUGACUAUUUCUCUUAUUUACUUUGUCUGAAUACAAAUUUUAAGAUGUAUCAUGAGAAUUAUUUAAUGGAUUUUUAGGGUAAAAAUUUUCAUUUAGUAAUAUAUUUAAAAAUUGAAAUAUGAUUUUAAGGUUAAUUUGAAGCAAAUUAUCAAGAUUUGAUUGACUAGAAUUUUCUAACUAAAUGAAAUGUAAAUAAGAGAAUGGUAAGGAACAAUUUUUGUCCAUAUACUCAAGAGAGAGUUUGUGUAAUGUGCACAAUUUGACAGUGGAAAAUAAAUCGUUAUUUUUUAAGUUCUAUGUGUGGUGAAAUUAUCAGAGAGAUUUGAUUGACUAGAAUUUUCUAACUAAAUGAAAUGUAAAUAAGAGAAUGGUAAGGAACAAUUUUUGUCCAUAUACUC